UUAUUAAAUAAAAUGAACUGGCUACAAAUACUAGAUAUGCAACUGUAAAAUUUAUUUUGAUGAAAUUUUUCUUACGCUCAUGUUUUACGUCUCUGUUAUAAAUGGCGGACCUCGGGGGCACGGGGUGAUUAGUAGCUCCUAUACUUCAAAUGAACUCUAUGUAUCUUUUUGUUGUUACAGAAGGUAAUAUUCAUUAAAAGGAGCAUACACUCGAUCACCACACAAAAUGCACAGAGUGUUGUGUCUCCUGGCCAUUUUUACUCUGGCUUACUGCGCUGACAACUGGACUCCGCCCCCAGUAUGCUUACUUCCAAAGCAACGAGGACCGUGCUCUGCGCAGAUUAAUAACUUCUUUUAUAACCCCGUUUCCGGGCGAUGCGACAGUUUUAUGUUCUCCGGAUGUGGCGGUAACGAGAAUCGUUUCCGGACGGAAGAAUCCUGUAAUCGGCACUGUGUUUGCCAUAUUCCACCGGAAGCCGGUCCCUGUCGAUCAGCAAUGGAGAAAUGGUUCUAUAACCCUACCACUGGUUGCUGCGAACAAUUUACUUAUGGCGGUUGCCAGGGAAACAGCAACAACUUUCAAACUUAUGAGGAAUGUCGCUCCACAUGCGUUGGAUCCGCACCUGGAAUGGUAAAACCACGAGGGAGUAACUGGGGUAGCGGAAGUGAAAUUCACUUUGAAACGAAUAAUUUUUACAAUCCGCAAAAAUAUGGAAAUAAGUUCACCGGAUCGAAGUCAUUGUGGAUCCAUGGGGAACGCAAUAAUGUCAUGAGAGGGACCCAACAAGCAAACCAGAUUUUACGAUUCGUAACACCUGACCUUCGUAAGAAAGAGCAUUGGCAUUUCGUCGCAAAGCAAGGCACAAAAGACAAUUUUCCACAAAGACUUCAAAUCACAGGCUUAUCCUCAAAUAGUCAAACAAUACCAGUCGGCGGAUCCAGAAUGGUAUUAUCCGGAAGUAGUUCGAUGCCAAGUGGAUCAGCUGGUGGACAGUUCAUAUCCUCCGGAGGGAGUUUCUCAGAAAGCGUUCCAGUGGGUGGAUCCCAGUUGGUAAUGAGUGGAAAAACUUCCAUUCCCACGGGCUCAGCUAGAACUUCUGGUGGAGCAUUUUCAUUUGGAACAUCCGGAGGUAGUUUAAGUCAGAGUGGAGGAAGCCCCAUGGGCGGAUCCAAACUUGUUCUUAGUGGAAGUCGUUCAGUUCCAGCAGGCGGAAGUGGAAGUAUAUCAUCCAUGCUCGGAACUUCCGGCGGAAAUGGCCUAUCAGGCUUUGGUGGAUCAUCUUUGAAAAUUUCUGGUCAUUCGGCAGGAGGAAUGGGAGAUGACCAUCUCUCGGGUAGUACGUUUGAAUCCGCACAUUCAGGCGCGCGACACCCCGUGGGUAUGGGCUCUGGUUUUGUCGGGGGUAUGACAAAUGCGCUAUCCCAAGGACAGGGCAAGAUGAGCGGACAGCCUUCAGGUGGUGGCUUCAUGUCAAGGACCAGCAUGCAUUCAAACAGUAAUUCCGCUCCUUUCCCCAAAAGCCAAACGUCCUUAACUUUACCUGUGGAGGAUGUUGUAGGAGGGAGUGCAGCUAUUGGCAAAUUGAUGAAUAUGAUGCAGGGCGGUGGUGGCGGACCCAUGGGUGGCGGAAGAACAGGUCGAGGUUUGGUAGGAGGCGGAUCUAAUAGGGGUGGAGAAAAUUUCGUCUCAGCUAACAGUAAUGCAUGGCACCCGAUGGCAGGAAAGAAGAAAUAAAUAUCCUGAACAAUUCUUGACGGGGAAUUUAAUUUUGUGAUAUUUUGGAUUAAUUCAAAAGUUAGUGUACAUGAUCAUGCAUAAUGCAAUUUGAGAAUAACUUUUAUUAAGCGAUUUUUCUACAAAAUUCAAAUAAAAGUUGAAAUCCACAUGACAGGCAUUAAA